UAUGUUUUGGCUUAUUGAAUUGUAAUAUUGGACAUAUGAACUCUACUGAAAUAAUCUUUUCUGGCUGGUCAAAUUAAAGCGGUAGGUGAAGGCGUGAGCGGAAGGUAAGAGUGAGAGUGAAAGUUGGCCGGAGGACUGCCAAGGCUCUCACCUGGCUUCACCGUCGAUUCGGCGCAAGUCGACCCGCUAGCCAAUGACAUCUCUCUGCUUCGUUUGCCUACCCUUUGCAGCGAUUGCCUUAUAAAGUCGUGUAGGUUCUCUAGUGCUUCUCCAGAUCGCCUCCUCAACACCAACUCAUCAUAUUUCCCAUGGACUCGGAGACCACCGCCUGAUUACUGACGCCAUGGAUGAAUCCGGCGUUGAGGGACUCAUGAACGCUCUCCGCAAACAGCCGAAGAACCUUGCACAAACUUUCAAAGACACGAUUCGGGAGCAUGAAGAGGAGCGAGAGAAACAGCUCGCCAUCAUGACAGAUCGGGCUGUGGUCCGUGCCAGAUAGAUGGUCAUCGAUGCUGUGCAGCUAAAGCUCGAGGUUCAAGACAAAUUGGAACAUCUGCUGGCUGACAAUGUGUGGCUCGUACCAGGUUCCCAGGAAUCCUUCGAGUCUACGCUGGAGCAUGUCCGCGUCUCUCUCGACAACCUCGCCGAGAAAGGGCUUGCCGAGCUCCUAGAGUUGACGCCCACGGAUGAGGCUCCAUCAUCUAUUACAUUCGAAUAUAAGGGCAAGACGAUUCGGGUUGGAAUUGUCGGAAGCGAGAAUAGUCCGAAGGGGUGCGGGCAUUUUGAUGAGUAUGAGACCAUGGACGACGCCACGGACGACGUUGAUACCCCGACGGCCGGCGAAGAAUCUCCCUCUUGGAAAACCUGGGAUGAGGGUUGCGUCGUCAACUACGACCCCGCCUACAGCAGCGAGGAUGAUGUCCGCAGCCUGGAAUUCUGCGACCAGAUCGUCAAUCCGCUCGUUGGAUGCUGGGAGGAGAACUCUGAGCGCGUCGGAGAAAGGACAUCCGCACUCCUUGAGGAAUACUCAAGCAAAAGUGGUCCGCUUCACGGGGAGCCAAAGAACAACCGUAUCAAAGCGCUCCUGUGCAUUCUCGACCUGGAUGACCCACUGAGCUCACGCUUUGAUUUUGAAAACCCCUAUUUGAAGGAAGUCUUGCUCACCGGAAACGACUCGUGGCUUCCGUUCAACGCGGACCAACCCACUUUGGCUGCACUGGCGCUGGCCGGAUAUGUUAGGACGAGGUCCAAGUCCAAGCUUCCCUUGUUGGAUGUGCUUGCAAAUGAGGCCCAUAAGCCGGACGGUAUCAUAAUAGCCUUGCCAUGGUAUUUCGGUCCGUGCCCGCGCAUUGCCGUCGUUCCGGAUCUUGCUAAGGCAAGAGAGAAGGCAUACAGACGAUGCUCCAAAGAGGUUUUCGAACUUCGGCUCGGCAUACUUCACGAUGGAAUGCUGAGGAUGUUGAUCUGGCCCGCCAUUCUAUGUGCGGAGAUGAGGCAAGCCGAUAAUUGGAUUCCGGCUACUGAGAUCUUAGUGGAGACUUGUGGCUGGAAAUUUGCAUGUCACGUACUUGGUUGUAUUGGGAAGAACAUGCGCUGGAGUGAAGCCGAUUUCCGGGCCUACUACGGAAGAUACGGGAAUCCCUAUAUAGGGUAUCUAAAUCGUGGUACCUUCGACAAGGACUACGCCAUUGCCAUUACAGAAAGCUUGAUCCAACGAGAAAGAUAGAUCACGCGGAGCUUUGUGAGGCUGGCCAAGCGUUACAAGUGGUACGAGGACGACGACGAGUUGGGUGGACGGAUUGAGGCUGGAACACUGGAUGAGGCUGACAAAAGAGCGGUGGGAGGCAGCAACUUUGGUGUGAGGGAGGCAUCUGACAGACUGGCCAGCCUGAGCAGGAACACUCCAUCCAUCGUCGCAUAUGGCAACCCUUGAGACGCUACUCGAUGCCUGGAUAGAGGAGAGGCAGAAGCUAGAUGCGGAGACUGUGCGUGUAGGUGGCGUGCAUGCUGGCAUAGUAAGGCAGAUUCAGAAGCUGGAGGGGGGCUGGAACAAUUCAUCAAGUAUGCUAGCUAUGUUGAAGGUAGACUCGGGAUCUAGUGAGAUAGUAGUGUUACCUUGGCGUGCAUCAAGUUUCCAGUAGUAGCGGUAGUUCCUGUAGCCAAUACCCAA